AUGGAUUGUUUGGAGUCUCGAGAUUGGUCAACACUCGAAUACGAUGUCCUUGGUGUGAUUCUUAACAAAAUGGUAUCUCUCUAUGACUAUCUUCAAUUUAGCCGGGUAUGUAAGUCUUGGAAUUUUAUUGCCUUACGCCACAAACAUCAACGAUCCUUAAUUACUUCUAACCAUUCUCAACUUCCCAUGCUUAUUGUUCCUUCAGAAUAUGAUAGUGAGAAACAACAUUGUCUUUACGAUCUCACUAACAAUGAAAUCCGUCCUGUAGACUUCGUACGUUCCUUCAACAAAAGGUGUUGUGGUUCAUCUUUCGGUUGGUUGAUCUUGCUUGAAGAGACACUAGACAUUACUUUGUUUAACCCUUUUAAUGGGAAUGUCAUUCAUAUUCCUCCCAUUACUAUAGAUGAUGAACCUGAUUAUUGUCCUCUUGCCAUACACAAAGCCAUACUAACCAAAGAUCCGUCGUUGUAUCCACACGGGUUCACCAUUGUUGCCAUCUAUAGUUCGUAUCGUAGAUUGUGUCUCAUGGAAGCAAAGGAUAAAAGGUGGAUCUAUCACAACCUAAACAGGACUAAUGGUUUUGACGAUAUUAAUGUUCUCGACGACGUUUUGUAUGUUUUGGAUUGGCGGAUUGGACUUUGGAUUGUGAAAGUUGAGAAUAGUUCGAUUUAUUUGAAGAAGGUCAUAUUUAGUAUCGAUUUUGUCGAAGCUGAUAUUGCGUAUCUUGUCGUGUCCUCCAAACGUGAGCUUUUAUUAGUUAGUAGGUUUGUCGUUGAUGAACGGGAAGGACAAGAUCCAGAUGGGAUUAUGUUGUUCACAAGGACUUCCAAGUUUAUAGUCUACAAAGUUACUCGUGAAUGUGAAGAUGGAACGAUGUGUGUUGUAGAGGUGGAGAGUUUAGACGGCGAUGCUAUGUUUAUUGGUGACAACCAAUCCAUUUGUGCGUCAACUAGAGAUUUUCCCAAAUGUUUACCUGAUCGCGUAUACUUUACAGAUAAUUGUCACCAUUAUAGAUUUCCUUAUUUACAUGGACAUCAAGAUGCAGGAAUAUACCGCCUAGAGGACAAGAGCUUCGAUAGACAUUAUAUAGUCGACAGUGCACACAGAAAUUUGCCUCCACCCAUAUGGAUCAUCCCAACGAUAUGUUACAGAGAUUUUGAGGAUCCGUUGCCCCAUGUUUUGAAAAGGAGUUUCUAUUGGAAUAUAAUAUUUAUAUUAAGUUGGUGCUUAGGUAUAGUGUUACUACAGGGCGGGUGGUUCUAA